GGAGGGAGUGAGGGUGGGGAGGCUGCAGCCCACCAGCAUCCCCAGGGCCCCUUGCCUGCCUCGCUCCUGCUGCUCGCUGCUGCUGUGGCUCAAUACCAGAGACUCCUGGCUGGGAUCACAACCCUGCGAGUCAGCCCAGAGAAGAUCUGCUUUGUGUGGAGCCUUCCAGUCUGUUCUCCUGUUUAGUUCUACUCUGUCUCAGUCUGCACUGACAACUUUCUGAGCUGCCCCUCCACAAUCUUCAUCAUCAUGGCAGUGGUUGUGGGUUCUGCUCCAUGGGUAGCCCCAAUGGCUCUGGUACUACUGGCAAUCACCCUGGCAGUACCAGCCCUGGGAGGGUGCCCAUCCGCCUGCCGGUGCUCCUUCGCCAUGCUGCAGUGCCUGGAGCCCAAUGGCAUUGCCACUAUACCCGCGUUGGCACUACAGGAGAGCGAGAACGUCACGGAAAUUUACAUCGAAAAUCAAGCCGACCUGGAGAACAUUACAGAAGUAGACCUUGCCAAUUAUAGAGAGUUGAAGAAUCUCACGGUCACGUUCUGCAGGCUGGCGUACAUCUCGGCGAAUGCUUUCCAACACAACCUCAAGCUCCAAUAUGUAAACCUGGCAUCUAACUCCCUGGAGCAUAUCAGUUGGAAGGUGUUCCAUUUUCUUCCCCUGCUCAACCUGGUUUUGAGGGACAACCCCCUUGAAUGCUCCUGUGAUAUCCAUUGGCUGCAGCAAUGGCAGCUUAACGACCACAGUGACCUCGACAACCAACCGCUACAAUGCUUCUCAAAUGGCCAUGCCCUACAGUUAGACUCCGUAGAGAUGGAGAAUUGCACUGUACCGGAUGUCGCCAUUGUCCAUGCCAACACCAAGGUCCAGGAGGGAGGCAACCUGACAUUUGUGUGUCAGGUGACAGGAGUGCCCGUGCCUGUAGUGAGGUGGCGCACGAAUAAACUGCUGUCUCGCUAUACUGUACAGGAGAGGUUCUGGGGCUCUACUUUGGAGCUGGAGUUGCAGCUGUGGAAUAUGUCCUCAGAAGACAACCUGCACAACUUGACCUGUGAGGCAGAGAACCGGGCCGGGCCUGGGGAAGAGAAAGUGACGUUGGACAUUGAAUUUCCAUCCAAAAUCAUAUUCCUGCACAACGCUGAGCAACAGCACCACUGGUGUUUCCCCUUUAAGGUGGAUGGAAACCCUGAGCCAUCCAUCCGCUGGCUUUUCAACGGCUCCAACCUGACCGAGGGCCUCUACACCUACACACAGUUAAUUCCCGACUCGGACGACGGCUCUGUGAAGCACGGUUGUCUAUUUCUCAACAAGCCCACCCACCUGAACAACGGCCUCUACACCAUCAUCGUGGGGAACAGACUGGGCGUGGACCAGGCCACGGCCACGGGGAUGUUCAUGAACAACCCCUUUGACCCCUUUGAUCCUGAGGGCAUCAUCCCAGUCCUUGAAGAAAGUGAUCCACUUCCCACCAACAAAUCUAACGAGGAUGUCACUGAGAACACGGAGAGCAGAGUGUUUGGGGUGUCAGUGGCAGUGGGUUUGGCUGUGUUUGCUUGCGCCUUCCUCCUCAUGAUGGUACUGGUCAUCAACAAGUGCGGCCAGCAGUCCAAGUUUGGUAUUCACCGUUCAUCUGUCUUGGGAACAGAGGAUGAUCUUGCUGUGUCACUGCGUUUCAUGAACUUUGGGACCAGCCCUCCUUCCUCUGACGACUCUGGCAUGUCCAGCUUUGUGGAGAACCCCCAGUACUUCUGUGGCAUCUUCAAAGACAAAGACAUGUGUGUGCAACACAUCAAAAGACAGGAUGUAGUUCUGAAGUGGGAAUUGGGUGAGGGGGCGUUUGGCAAAGUCUACCUGGCAGAGUGUGCCAACCUCAGUCCGGACAGUGACAAAAUGCUGGUGGCCAUCAAGACUCUGAAGGAUGCCAAUGAGUCGACCCGGCAGGACUUCCAGAGAGAGGCUGAGCUGCUCACAGUGCUCCAGCACCAGAACAUUGUUCGCUUCUAUGGAGUGUGUACAGACGGAGAGCCACUGGCGAUGGUGUUUGAAUACAUGAGACAUGGCGACCUCAACCGCUUCCUCAGGGCGCACGGUCCAGAUGCCCAUAUACUGGAGGAGGUGAAGAUGCCCCCGUUGGGCCAGCUCACUCUUCCCCAGAUGCUGCACAUCGCCGCCCAGAUCGCUUCGGGCAUGGUCUACCUGGCCUCCCUUCACUUCGUGCACCGAGACCUGGCCACACGCAACUGCCUGGUGGGAGAUAUGGGAGAGGGUCUGAUGGUCAAGAUAGGAGACUUUGGCAUGUCCCGGGACAUCUACAGCACAGACUACUACAGGGUAAAGGUGGGUGGGCGUACGAUGCUUCCUAUUCGCUGGAUGCCUCCGGAGAGCAUCAUGUACAGGAAGUUCACCACGGAGAGUGAUAUCUGGAGCUUUGGAGUGGUCCUCUGGGAAAUCUUCACCUAUGGGAAACAGCCCUGGUACCAGCUCUCCAACAGUGAGGCUAUCGAGUGCAUUACACAGGGCCGGGAGCUGGAGAGACCACGCACUUGCCCCAAAGAGGUGCACGGCCUGAUGCAGGGGUGCUGGCAAAGGGAGCCCCAGCAGAGGCUGGUCAUCAAGGACAUCCACAGCCGCCUCCUUGCCCUUGUCAAGAGCCCCCCUAUCUACCUGGACAUCCUGGGGUAGAGGUUGGGAGGUCUGGGGCUGGGGCAGUGUCCAGGCAAGGGGAAGUAGGGGAACUUACGGUCAGGGAUGACGGGUAUUGGGAAGGGGUGGGAGUUAGGUAAAGGACUGUGCGAUGGCAAUCCUGAACCUAAGCAUUGCCGUCAUUUACCUCUAUUGGUCUUAAACACACCGACACCCCCUCUGAUUGGAUAUUUGCUCAGGCCAGACUUAGCAAGGAUCUAGUCUGAUCGGUACCAUUGGGUUGGGAAGGGAGUAGGGUGAAGUUGCCCCUAGAUGCUGAUAUUGGGUAUUUUUGGGCCACUAAUGGUUACAGAUCGGAGUGGGGGAGGGGAAGCUGAUCCCAGAUCUGUGCCUCAGAGAAACUUUACCCUGAAGCGAUGGGAAGACUAUGAAGAUGGGGGUUACUUCCUACUUCCCGGCCACUGUUUUUUAACCCUAAAGCUGGACAUACUGUACGGACACUGGCAACAUCCAUGCUGCUUCAGCUUUGCCUACUACCCCAGCUCGCCUCGUCUCAUGACGACCCAGCCCCAACUCUGUGUGCCGCUGACUGGGAGCGGGAGGAAAAGAACGAGCCAGCGAAGACCUGUCAAGUGUUUACUGUGAGUGUUUUAUUGUGUGAUUGAACGGGUGUUGUCCUGAUGAAGGGUUUUGCAUGAUUGGAAGAAUGCAGACUAUACAGUGCCUUUGGGAAAGUAUUCAGACCCCUUGACUUCUUCCGCAUUUUGUUACGUUACAGCUUUAUUCUAAAAUGGAUUAAAUAGUUUUACCCCUCAUCAAUCUACACACAAUAGCCCAUUUUUUUGUGCAAAUUUAUUACAAAUAAAAAACUGAAAUAAACAUUUGCAUAAGUAUUCAGACUCUUUACUCAGUACUCAGCACCUUUGGCAGCGAUUACAGCAUUGAGUCUUCUUUAGUGUGAUGCUACAAGCAUGGCACACCUGUAUUUGGGGAGUUUCUCCCAUUCAUCUUUGCAGAUCCUCUCAAGCUUUGUCAGGUUGGAUGGGGAGCAUUGCUGCACGACUAUUUUCAGGUCUCUCCAGAGAUGUUCGAUUGGGUUCAAGUCCGGGCUCACAAGGAUAUUCAGAGACUUGUUCCGAAGUCUUGGCUGUGUGCUUAGGGUCGUUGUCCUGUUGGAAGGUGAACCUUUGCUCCAGUCUGAGGUCCUGAGCGCUCUGGAGCAGGUUUUCAUCAAGGAUCCCAUUGUACUUUGCUCCGUUCAUCUUUGCCUCGAUCCUGACUAGUCUCCCAAGUCCCUGCCGCUGAAAAACAUCCCCACAGCAGGAAGCUGCCACCACCACCAUGCUUCACCAUUGGGAUGGUGCCAGGUUUCCUCCAUAUGUGACGCUUGGCAUUCAGGACAAAGAGUUCAAUCUUGGUUUCAUCAGACCAGAUAAUAUUGUUUGUCAUGUUCUGAGAGUCCUUUAGGUGCCUUUUGGCAAACUCCAAGGGGGCUGUCAUGUGCCUUUUACUGAAGAGUGGCUUCUAUCUGGCCACUCUACCAUAAAGGCCUGAUUGGUGGAGUGCUGCAGAGAUGGUUGUACUUCUGGAAGGUUCUUCCAUCUCCACAGAGGAACUCUUGAGCUCCGUCAGAGUGACGAUUGGGUUUUUGGUCACCUCCCUGACCAAGGCCCUUCUCCCUCGAUUGCUCAGUUUGGCCUGGAGGCCAGCUCUAGGAAGAGCCUUGGUGGUUCCAAACUUCUUCCAUUUAAGAAUGAUGGAGGCCACUGUGUUCUUAGGGACCUUCAAUGCUGUAUAAAUGUUUUGGUACCCUUCCCCAGAUCUGUGCCUCAACAAAAUCCUGUCUCUGAGUUCUACGGACAAUUCCUUCAACUUCAUGGCUUGGUUUUUUCUCUGACAUUCAUUGUCAACUGUGGGACCUUAUAUAGACAGGUGUGUGCCUUUCCAAAUCAUGUCCAAUCAAUUGAAUUUACCACAGGUGGACUCCAAUCAAGUUGUAGAAACAUCUCAAGAAUGUUCAAUGGAAACCAGAUGCACCUGAGCUCAAUUUCGAGUCUCAUAGCAAAGGACCUGAAAGGACUUAUGUAAAAACAGGCAUUUCUGUUUUUAUACUUUAAUACAUUUGCUAAAAUUUAAAAAAAUAUAUACAAUUUUUUUUUUUUUUUUUUUAUUUAAUCCAUUUUAGAAUAAGGCUGUAAUGUAACAAAAUGUGGAAAAAGUCAAGGGGUCUGAAUAUUUUCUGGGAUUAACUGUUGCCUGAGAAUAUGGAAAAGUUGAAUUACUUUAGUGAAGUUUAAGGGGCUCAGUGAUUUUCAAGCCCGAGAAUACUUUUCAUAGGUGAAAUUUCAAACAUCUACAAUUUUGAUAAUAACAGCUUUACCAUUAUGUUCAAGAUGUAUUGGAACAGUAAGACACCAUCUUUCCAUUUUCAAGCUGUGUGAUAUAAUCAGCAGGAGUGAAAAUAUAGAGAAACCUCUUGUGCCAAGUCAAUUGCACUAAUCAGAAAGCUUUCUAUUGUUAGGCAGUUAUGUCAGAUCCUUCAUUUUUCAUAUACAUAGCCCAGACCAUAGUAAAGAAACUGCAUACAAAGUUUGUGUUCUUCAUGGCUAUCACUUGCAUUGUAUUGGGAUAUUUUGGAAUAUGAACAAACAGUAAAUGUUAUCAAUAUAAUCUUAUUUGAUAACCCAAUUUGUUUAUAACCCAAAACCCAACCAUCAUCUGGAUUGAAAAUGUCUGAAUACAGUAUUGUGUGUGUGUGUGUGUGUGUGUGUGUGUGUGUGUGUGUGUGUGUGUGUGUGUGUGUGUGUGUGUGUGUGUGUGUGUGUGUGUGUGUGUGCUCAAUGGUAAGUUUGACCGGACGUCGUCUACUGUUGAUAUUGCUCACUACAGUUGUUUAUAGCUAAUGGAAUACAGUACAAUGUUUCGCAUUUCUCCGCCUACUCAUUCUAAUCCGAAUGUACAAUAUUACAAACAUUAUAGUAGAGUUGUACAGUUAUUCUUUUGACCUAUUCAUUAUUUAUCUGAUGUAUUACUCUGCUUAAAAUGUUUUACUGUAUAUGAAAUAAUUUGCUGUCAGAGGAAAAAAACAAUGACGACUAAUUGUAAAAUAGGAAUAUUUUUGAAAAAACAGCGUGGGACCUUCUAUUAAAGGCCAGGAAGGUGUUUUUCCUGA